AAUCAAACGUCUCGUCUCUUUUCCUCUUCAUCUUCUCUCUUCAGACUCACCAGAGAAAGUGAAAGGUCCCUCGCUCGUCUUCUCAAUUCUGCUUCUGCUGUGCCGCUGCUGCACAUCUAUGGCGAUUCAAGCUCAGAUAUAUAAUUCAGAUUAUAAUCUACCUUUAAAUCUCACUCAUCAUAACAAUAACAAUGCCCUAGCCUCCCAUUUCAACAAACAACAAUCCAUGGAGAUCGAUUACCUCAUCAAUUCACAGAACGAGUUAUUGAAACAGACUAUACGUCAACAAACGAACCACCAAUUAACGGCGAUCUUAACAAGAUACGAAGCGAAUGCAACCGUAUUAUUGAAACAAAAGGAUGAAGAAAUCGCGAAAGCUAAUACCAGAACGAUGGAGCUGGAGGAGUUUUUGAGGAAAAUAGAGAUGGAGAAUCAAGGAUGGCAGAGGAUUGCUAUGCAUAAUGAAUCCGUGCUUGUUUCUUUGACGAAUACGAUUUCUCAGAUGAAUGAAAACGCGGAUCUUAGAAAUAAUAACACGAUUCAAGAUGAGGAAUCUUGCUGUGAUGAACGAUUUGGAGAGAAUAUGUUGAUGAUCUGUAGAAGAUGUAAUUCACGAUCUUCUUCUGUUGUUUUCUUGCCUUGUAGACAUCUUUGUUCAUGCGUUCCUUGUGAACAGUUUAUUGGUUCUUGCCCUGUUUGUAAAAUGGUAAAGAAAUCUAUCAUACAUGCUUUGAUUUAAUCUAAU